AUGGCUCUUCCUAGCUUCAGCUCCAGCUCUAGCGAGACCACCACCACCUUCCACUUCUUCCCCCGCCUCCCCUACGAGCUCCGCAUAUUCAUCUGGGAAAUGGCGGUCUACUCACCACGCGUCAUCAACAUCCACGUCGGACAGGUCAGACAGCUACCUAAAAGAGACAUUGCCAUGCACUACUCGGACUUGAAGCUGUCCACGAAGCUCCUUCUCACGUCCACUCCCGCCCCAGCAGCGCUCCAUGCCUGCCAAGAAGCCCGCAACUACCUAACCGACCCUGUGCACGGUGCAAAAGGAUCCGGAUACUACGAGAAGAUGCCCUACUGGGCCUUGGAGAGGAGGGAGUUAAAAUGUUGGUGGAGGCGGAGAUAG